UUCACGCACGUGUUGCGUGACGUAACAGAGGAUUUGUUUUUAUGUAGUUUUAGUACAUGUGUCUCUAUGUGGACGCAUUUGUGUUCUGGAGGGAAAUAGCAAUAAAUCUUCGAAAAGAUAAUUACUAUGGCUAAUGAAAAGAGAGCUAUGCCUAAUAUACUUGUCACUGGGACUCCUGGUGUUGGAAAGUCAACACUUUGCCAACAAUUGCAGGAACGCACUGGUUUUGAAUGGUUGGACGUAGGUAAUAUUGCGAAGGAAUUUGAAUGCUUUGAUGGUUUUGACGAAGUAUAUGGAUGUCCAAUACUCGAUGAAGAGAGGGUGCUGGAUGAAAUGGAAGAUAAAAUGGCAGAAGGUGGAAAAAUUGUGGACUAUCAUAGUUGUGAUUUCUUCCCAGAAAGAUGGUUUGACAUAGUAUUUGUAUUGAGAACAGACAACACUGUUCUAUAUGAUCGUUUGGUCCAGCGUGGAUACAGUGGAAAGAAACUGGAAGACAAUAUACAGUGUGAAAUAUUUCAAACAAUACUGGAUGAAGCAUUGGGUUCCUACAAAGAAGACAUUGUGCAUGCAUUGCCAAGUAAUAGUGCUGAUGACAUGGAGAACAAUGUAGAAAAGAUCUUGCAGUGGCUGGAACACUGGAGAAAUAGUUGAAAGUAAAACUAUGAUGAUGUACUGACACUAUCAUUUUGAAAGUGUUAGAACAGUAAGAUCAGUGUAUUAUAGUGGUACUGUGAUGACAAUAUUUGAAGUGCCAGUGCAUACUCUGCCAGGACGUGUAAUGCAAGCCAUUUCAGUGUAGUUCCAGUGUUAUGCUCUCAAGUUGUUCUGUUAUAUUCUGUGCUCUGUUUCAUUCUGUUGACGUGAAAUACAGUGAUUAUUAUGAUUAACUAUUGUGAGAAAGUAUUGUACAUUGACAAAUUUUAAACAGUUUAUAAUAUUGCAGUAACCUUUUGAAGAACCGAUUCUGUGUUUUAAAGAGCCAUAAAACCAAGUGUGGGAGAUAAAAGAAUCAUUUUAUGUCUUGUAUUGGUACUAAGCUUAUAAAUGUUCAGCUAUGAUAGUCAUAAUAGUGCACCCUCCCCUGAGGGGAAGGGGGAAGAGAGAGAAUUGUGCAUACGUCAUUCUGGCAUUAAAAACAUUUACUUGAUUUUCACGUAUGUAAAACGAAGUUUUGAUCAGUAUACUGUAAACAAUAAAUUGAAUCCGCAUAAACA